CGGGUACAAUGGGGAAAAAGUUAAAACUUCAAGCAGGAAUCCUCCUGCUACUGGUGCUACUGGUCGUUCCAGCAAGCACAGAGGAAAUAUUACCGUAUUUGAUCAGCAAAUCGGAUCUUUCGAUUGAUUCGCUUUGUGUUGGUGUAAAUGCCGGAAUCUUUCCACAUCCGGAUCCUUCGCUCUGCCACGUGUUCAUUACGUGUACAGUUGGAAAACCGACUACCUACCAAUGUGCUGGAGAGUUUAUCUUUGAUCCGAACUCAUUUAGCUGCAUCCACGGCGAUCGUAACCAGUGUGCGACACGUAUCGAGCCCGACUGGGAUAUAUUUUGUACCAAUGUGUCGUACGCGUUCUACGAACAUCCAACUAUGUGUUCGGAGUUUCUGUUCUGUUCGCAUGGUGAAGUAAAACGGUACUCGUGCCCGAUUGGUGAGAUCUGGUCACAGGAAGAUGGUGCCUGUCAACCGGGUAAUUGGGAUACCUGCGAAUUGCUACACAUUGAAUCCGCCUGCCAAGGUCAUCCUGAUGGCGUACAAGCGUAUCCAACUGACUGUACUAGGUAUCUGCAGUGUGAUCAAGAACAGACCACUGUUAUUGAUUGUCCACGAGGCGAAGUGUUCGAGGAACAGGCAGGGCAAUGCGUUGCAGGGAAUACGGAAACGUGCGUGCGUAUUGAUAGCAUUUGUCAAGAUGCAAGCAAUGGAACAAUGCUGAAGCAUCCGAAUGAGUGUGAUUUGUUCAUUUCAUGUCAAGAAGGGUCGGCAAAUGCUCAUCAAUGUCCGACAGGCGAGAUAUUUAACGUGCAAGCCAAGUUCUGUGCCCCUGGCAAUCCCGACACCUGUCAUAUUUAUCCACUGGAAUCAAUGUGCCGGAAUGCGCCCAGCGGUACGGUAUACCCACGACCGGAUGAUUGUACGCAAUUUGUGCUCUGUAAUGGUGGAGAGCCUGCCGCAAUGAAAUGUCCUAUCGGACAGAUUCUACACGCUCCUACUAGAUCCUGCCGCCCAGGUAAUACCAAUACAUGCGAGUUGACCGGCAGCCUCUGCCAAGAUCAACCUGAUGGAUUGGUGAUCGCGCAUCCGAACCUUUGUGAGAUCUUUAUUACGUGUCAAGGCGGUGCAGUGAGGAUUCAAUCAUGUCCGAAUCAGGAAAUUCUUCGUCCAGAUACUCAAUCCUGUGUGCCGGGAAAUUCGCUUACCUGUGAGUUUGAGCCAGUUGAAAGGAUGUGCAUAGGACAGAUGAAUUCAGUAAACUUCCCACAUCCUACGGAUUGCUCAAUGUUCGUAAUGUGUAAUUUACAGAACGCACUCACUCAAACCUGCCCGGCUGGUAGCAUAUACAGCGCAUUAACGCGCUCUUGUGUUCCUGGCAACGAAUCCACCUGCGAGCAGUUUGAUACCAUUUGUACCGGACGUCCUGAUGGGAUCAUUCCUCAUCCGACCAAAUGUACCGCUUUCAUCUAUUGCUCCUCUGGCCGGCCAAUAUUCGAACAAUGUGCACAGGGUACGGUCUACCAGCAAGGAUUGAGUGGUUGUGUGGUAGGCAAUACGGAAACUUGCACACACGCCACCAAUAUCUGUACCGAUCAACCAGAUGGAACAACGCUGGAUCAUCCAAACGAAUGCAAUCUUAUUGUCAUGUGUAUGAUGCAACAACCAGCUGUGAUGUAUUGCCCUGCAGGUGAAAUAUUUAACACCAGAACUAAAUUCUGUACACCAGGUGAUGCCGAAACGUGUCAGAUGCAUCCGGUAGAAACUAUGUGUGCGAAUAAGCCCCAUGGCUCUGCGUAUCCUCAUCCGCACAAUUGCACUCAGCUUGUUCAUUGCAAUAGCGGUCAAGCGAUCGUAUCAGCCUGUCCAGAUGGACAUGUCUUACACCCUGGCAGUGGAUCUUGUCGACCUGGAAAUACCAACACAUGUGAGUUGAUAGAAAACGUGUGCCAAAAUCAGCCUGAUGGUUUAAUAUUGAAACAUCCGAGCCAUUGUGGACAUUUCAUCUGGUGUCAGAAAGGAUCGAUGUCAGUUCAAUCAUGUCCCAGUGGAGAGAUUCUUCUUCCAGAAGCUCAGUUGUGUUUGCCGGGAGAUGCAAACAAAUGCGAAUAUCAUCCAAUUGAUCAAAUGUGCUUAAACAAGGCCGAUUACACACGCUUCCCUCAUCCUGCGGAAUGUUCAAAGUUCGUGUCGUGCCAAGGACAGAAGGUAGCUGUGGAGAGUUGCCCUAUUGGAAGUAUCUACCAUGCUUCAACGCGUUCUUGCGUUCCUGGACAUGAAGCCACUUGCGAGCGGUUUGAUAGGUUGUGCGUCGGGCGUCCUGAUGAAAUCAUUCCACAUCCAUUGGUUUGUACGGCAUACAUUCAUUGCGCCUCGAAGGUGGCAGUAUUCGAACAGUGUGCUCAAGGAACUAUAUUCGAUCGAGAACAACGAGGCUGUAUCGUAGGAAACACUAAGUCAUGUGUGAAGGAUAAUGAUUUGUGCGCAAAUCAACCGGAUGGAACAAUUAUUGGACAUCCAAACGAGUGUGAUCUUUACAUCAUGUGUUUGGCGCACCGGCCUGCUCCAUUGCGGUGUCCAGACGGAGAAAUCUUUAACGCAGAAGCGCAGCUCUGUGUACCAGGUAAGAUCCUCGAAGACUCCUGUCAAUUCGAUUCAAUAGAGGAAAUGUGUGCAAAUAUGAAGGACAACACCAUAUAUCCUCAUCCAAAUGAUUGCACUCAGUUUGUAAAAUGCAACGGUAGCAAGGCAAUAGUAAACGAUUGUCCAGCAGGAGAGAUCCUACACGGUUUGUCCAAAUCAUGCCAACCCGGAAAUACGAAAACGUGCAAAUUCUUCGACCGAGUUUGCCAAAAUCAACCUGAUGGAGCCGUCUUCGAGCAUCCAAGCCUCUGUGGACAGUUUAUUGAGUGCCGCAAUGGUGGUGAAACGGUUCAUUCAUGUCCAGAGGGAGAAAUUCUCCGACCAGAUGAUAAGCGUUGUGCGCCGGGAAACACAUCGACGUGUGAGUUGGAACCGAUCGAUCAAAUUUGCAUUGGAAAACCAAAUGACCGACAAUACCGGCAUCCUACCGACUGUCAGCAGUACGUUCGUUGCCAAGACUCACAACCAGUGGUGGAGAACUGUCGUCCCGGAACUAUCUUCCAAGCGACGAGCCAAAGUUGUGUAGCUGGCAAUGGGAAUACCUGUUCAUUCCUCGAUGGUACGUGUGCUGGUCGUCCUGAUGGAGUACUUCCUCAUCCACAGGGCUGUGAUCUGUUCCUCAUAUGCACCUCCGGUAUUACGUCCGCUCUGCGCUGUCCAGAAGGAGAGAUCUUGCAUCCCGAGUUCCUCGUAUGCGCCACCGGUAACGCAGAUGAUUGUACAUUGGCACCAGUUACCACCGAGGCUCCUAUCGUUUCGGUGUGCAAAGGACGACCUGAUGGAAAUUACACUCAUCCUAUGCUUUGUCAUCUAUACAUUCAAUGCACCAACGGAGAUACGGAAAUUCUAUCUUGCCCAUCGGACCAGAUUUUUGUGGGAGUCAUCCGAAACUGCGCUCCGGGUAAUCAAGGGACUUGCAUACCACUUUAAAUAAAUGUGUCUUUAUUUGUUUUCAAAUGCAUUAAUAAAAUUUUAAUCUCAUGGCUUAAACAGCAUUGGUUAAGUUUGCUGUGUUACGAUGAGGCUGGUAGAAAA